AUGCAGCAUGCCAGAUGGACCAACGGCAGGGCUAAAGCCUCAGUCACCGAUAAUGAUGACCUUACAAAAUAUCUACGAAAGUCACCAGAGGUACCAAUGGGCAGCCUUCAGCCCAAGGCUUCCACAUUGACUGUGGGAAACAUGUCUCUAAACACUCCAGGAAGCACCCUUACAGUGGGCAAGCACAAGGUCACUACAUCUACAGGUAUUCGACAUGGACAAAACUUCCGAAGUUUCACUGACCCCGUUGCAUACAAUAAGCAAAACGCCAGGAACAUCAAUUCCAGCCAGGUAAGUGCUAGCGCUCUGGUGGAUGAUACUACCCUGGAUGACCCGAUCCAGCUUACAGUGUGGUUUCACGAACCACGGUCUUAUACGGAAGAUGUAGUCAUUGAUGCAUCUGCUGUGCCAGGUGUCAAGGAGGGAGGGAUCUACUGCCUAGAGCCGGUACUCAAGGACGAUCAGCGCAGAACAAAGCCCAGGCGGUUUGUUUUCACUGCUUUGAAAGAAAACAUCAUCAGAGAUUCGAAUGCGAAAGCGAAGACUAAUCUUCAAAUCUCGCUUCUAUCGACGCCACUUCAGAAGCUUCUAGAUAUCCCUCCUCGGUCUCCGGUGCUGCUACAACGUAUCAGAGACACCUCUGAGGUGGAGCUAGACACAGUCGAAAUAUACCUUAAGGAUGUCAAUUUCCCUCGAGACUCGCAAUGGGGAUUGGCUUCAGCUUUCGUUGGGAAAUGCUGCUAUAUGGAACAGCGAGUACUCUACUUGGGCAAUAGGGUGGGUCAGAUACGACUGACAUUCAAGGAUGGAAAGAAGCUUUUCAGCGGCUACGUGGGUGAAAAGACAAACAUAAUCUUCCGUUCAGAGAGUGCCAAAUUAGUGUUCCUUGUACAGAUGUCCAGAGAAAUGUGGCAUUUCGAGGAGAACGGAGAGAUAAUGUUCCACAAGCUUGUCAACACCCUCUUCCCUAAAAUUUUUAAGAAGUGGCUCUCUGCUAGCGCACACCAUUCCAUCACAAUUGUGCUCUUCACGAGCAUUGACCUUACACAAAUACCUUGGAUUUCAUUGGGACCUGGCGAGCGUCCAUCAAAGUCCCAAGAAUAUUAUAGGGUAGUGGUUGACCAGGUCAGUGUAUUUAGUUGGGACAAGAUCAUGGCCAGUUUGCGGUUGGAAUUUGCCAAUUUCAAGCGUGAUGUAUUGGUGCACCUUACCGACAACUACUACAAAAUCUCUGGUGAACCAUGUCCUGCUGUCAAAGGCGACUUGUUGGAGGCCGUCAACUUGACGAUCAUUAACCACAUGAUCGUCAUCACUUCAGGUACCGGUCUUUACGAUGUCGAUUACGACCUUAUGCUUGAAACGUCGAAAAAGAUGUUCAGCUUGGAUUGUGCGCUCGAUGUUAUAUCCUUGAGUCAGCCUCCAUUACACACUGUUCCAUUGUUGAGAUUCCGAGAUACAAAAGGUCUUGUGGGUCAUUGUGUUCCGAAAUGGUGUGAUAUAUCUUUCUACACUGAUACUGACGAAUGGUCUUCUCAAUGGAUCCCUCGUUGCAAAAUCUAUGAGCUUCAGAUGAUGGGUGUGAUGGAGAAUGAGAUCAACGAGAUACUCAUUGACCGGUUGACUCUUCGAAGAGACAUGCCUGUCGUUGAAGCAAUGGACAUUUAUGACGAAGAAGCAUUCAAACCUAUUUCGAGAAAGCGAACAAUUCCCGUGAAGAAGACCAAUUCAGGAAACAUUUUACUAGAGAAAAGAAGCACGGCCACGCUCUCUCUUAUGGGUAAGUUCCCCUUGUCGACCAUUAAUAUUCCACAACUUGCGCCAGAGUCUGCAAAGUCUAAUGUCUCAACAACUACAUCGGCUGUCCACGGAACAGUUCUGAACAUACCGUCUGACACCUCCGCAUUAUCGACUUUGUAUACCUUGAACCGUACAGUUGACGAGCCACAAAAUCGUGGUCCUGCCUUGGGAAGAAAAAGAUCGACCACGCCAUCCGAGGCGAGUAUUUCGCUGGCAAUCAGAACUCAUCCUACAAGAAGAUUUGAACAGGUGAUUAGACCCAAGAUUCUCAAACCGCCUGACACCAAGAAGCGCAGAAGCAAACGGAGCUCCAAUGAUGGUACAUUGGAGAAAUUGAGCAAAAGCAAAAUAAUCUCAACCGAGGAGAAGGAGCGAGAAGAACGUCUAAAAAAUAACCCUUACUGGAUGAAGAUCUCCAAUCCAUCAAGAGAGUUGGCUUCAGAAAGUAUUCGAUGCAGCAGAUGGGCCGAUGUGUUUCCACCUAAAAUCAAGAGAAAACUAGUCAAAUGGAGAUCUCUAAAGGCGCCAGCGGCUCUACCCAUUGCAACAACCCUAUUUCCGACUGUGAAGGAGCUUGAAUCUGAGUACACCUUUCAAAUCUACGUUGUCUCCCUCAACUUCGAAAACAAGUUGGAGUUGCGGACUACUCAUCAGCUUAUGCGUGAGAUGAUUCGCUUGCGGCUUGCUACAGGGUUUCAAAUAUGUCAGGGCGAGAGAGUAAGAAAUGCAGAAGCUGAACGAAAGCCCAGCGGAAGCCCGGAGAGCUUGAUCAAGUAUAUGCCACAGGGCAAUUGCACCGGUGCCCGCAUAUAUUUGUCGUUGAAUGAUGAGAUCCACAGGAUAUUCUGUGACUAUAACGGUACAUUGAACGUGCAAUUGUAUCGAAGAUCACAACCGCAGGAAACCCCUAAGAAUACAUUUGGUCGCCAGAAACACGACGAAGCAACCAAACCUUUGAUAAGAACAAGAUAUGCUGAUGAGUACACACCAACUUCUAUCACAGCGCAAGGAACGAAACCAUAUACCUACAAUUGGAAUCAGUUCGAUCAACUUUUAGCCGGUUACGAUGAUGCCGUUGGAGAGACGAGAGAAUUCCACAAGAUGAAGUUUGUUGUCAUGCCAGGAGAUAUGCCACAAAAUGCACACCACAUCAGCAAUGAUAGUCUCUCAGACGAGGAGAUCAGAGUUGAAGGUUUAAGAAAAUUGAUAUCUGUGAUAGAACGUGGUAGGUAUGUUCGCCUGGAUGAGAAGAGACCAAAAAAGAAAGAGGAAAUCUUGCCGGAGAUUAAUUUCUAUACGGGAAAUCUUUUUGACUUUCUCAAUGAACAAGCAGAGAUAUUUGCUAGCAGUGGUACGCAGCCAACGAAUUCCUUGAUGGUAUCGGAUGCCAAAUUCAAUACCAAUAUUAAAUUGAGUACACUUGCGGAACGACUCCAAUCUCCUGGAGGACUCAAGCUUGUGGACAGAACUUGGCAUUUCAAGGUACAUCCACUGUGUUUCUUAGGUCAAGAGCUUGUUUCGUGGCUUAUUGAAUUCUUUGACGACAUUGACAAUCGAGAGGAAGCCACAGCGUACGGACAGAAAAUUAUGGACGAGGGGCUCUUCACUCAUGUUGAGAAUCGACAUGGCUUCCUUGACGGGCACUACUUUUACGAGUUGACUGAAGGUUAUGCGAAGCUGUCUUCGAAUAGCAAACAGACUUCAAGCGGCUGGUUCCGAAAGAAGACUAGCAUUAAUACAGACAAGGCGGAUACCUCAGGCCAACAGAGUCCCAAGCUCACAACCCAAGUCUCAAAUACGCUGGGUCACACUCGCAACAACUCAGACACAAUGUCAUCGUUGUCGGGUAUUGAAAACACGUCAACACUCAGGAAGUUGAUUCCACAGUUCACAAACAAUGAGAGUGAAAGUCUGUCGUUGACUGAUUCUCAGAAGGCGAGAAAGCUCAACAAGUUCAUGAUCAGCAAACAUGUAAGAUAUGAUUGUGAUCCACUCAAAAAGUCAUUCCGUUCGGAAUUGUUGGACGUCCACUAUGACAUUGUGCAUAAUCCGGAGCAUUGCUACCACAUUCGAGUUCAAUGGUUGAAUACGACAAACAAAUUCAUAGAUGAGACUAUUAUAAGCUGGUCCAGAUUGUGCGAGCGAUACGGGUUGAAGCUAGUGGAAACACCUUGGCGGGAAUUGUGUACUCUUCCUAAGAUGAAUCCUUUCCACUCUUUUGUUGACCUCAAGCUUGUUGUCAAUCCUGUCAAUGACGCUGAAUUCAAUGAAACCCCGGAAUUCUUGAACAACAGGUUUUAUUACCAUCUUUAUCUUUUGAAAAAGGCCGGCUUUUUGCUUGACAACAGAGGUUCAAAUUUCUUCCUGAGAGAAAAUAUCGAAAUCCAAUACAGUUGGGGUCUACCUUUAUUCAAGUACGCACAGUUUAUUCACAAAACUGGUGCUUACAUAGUUGAGUUGAGAGACUCUGGAGAUUUCUUCAUGGCACCUAACAACGUCCACAUACUCAGAGUAAACACAUUGGUCAAUGCAAUCCCAGAACAGAACAAUAAUUUGAAGAACUACAGCUUCGAUUCGCAAAAGGUCAUGAUGGAUUUCCGUGAACUGUGCAAGGACGAGGAAUACUUGCGAAACAUCUUCAGAGAAGCUAAGAAAGGUGAUCGUGAGGACUACGACUACAAUAUAGCAUAG